AUGAUGACUCCACUCUGGCCCCUCUCUCUCUCCCAAAUCCUAUUUUCCUUCGCCUGCCUCUUGACAUGCUACUACACCUAUCAGCGCCUCACGACCGGCGCAUCCCGCCGCCGCUUCAUCGCAUCCAACGGCUGCAAGCCCCUCCGUAAAUGGCGCCAUAAAGACCCGGUGCUCGGACUCGACUUCCUCUGGGCCAGCUACAGAGCCAUCGAAGAGCACCGAGCGCUCGAAAUGAUGAAGGGCCAGUUCGAUCUCGUGGGGGUGAAUACGGCACAGAUAAGGAUUUUGACCGACACUGUUGUGGCUACGAUCGAGCCGGAGAAUCUGAAGUGUCUUCUCGCGAGCGAUUUUCGGAGUUAUAGUUUGGGGGAUGGAAGGAAGAAGUUGAUGAGGCCGGUUUUCGGGGAGGGCAUUUUUACGACGGAUGGGAAAGAGUGGGUGCUUUUUCCCUUGGGUUAA